UGGGAGAGCCCCAUUGGCUUGCACAGCCUGGUCAAACCCAUUCACCAGCAGAAUUGAAUGAGAUCGAUUAACCUGUGCUGGGCUGGUCAUACAAUUGGUGCGGCGUUGUUUGGUAACCUUAUGUGUAAUCCGUACCCGACACUAGCGGAGUUUCGUACCAGCACUCUCUGUUCCCAGAGAUAUGGAGCUUAUUACCCCCCUUUCCGUGCCCUUCUUUUUUCCGACCUUGUGUCAUUGCGGGAACCACUGCCCAUUGACCGCUGUCGGCCUCCCUUACACUAUAAAGCGAACACUAGUAUCUGUUAGAAGGCAGCCUCGAGAUUAUUGUCCAUUGCUCAACGCGAACCCGUUUGUUGUGUCGCAGAAUAUUGGCCCUGCUCAAGGCGGACCAUUGAUUCUCCCACUUGUGUUGAAUUCGCCCCAGCCUGCGGAGACCCCAGUGAUAACGAAUGACCGCAGGUCUGUGGCAUUGGCGCAACAGGAGAACAGAAUAAACCUCGGAAGCUUCACGAGAUUCAAAGCUUGCUGUCUCUGGCAUUUCUUUUCCCCUUACCUUUCCAUUGCGCGUCGCGGAUUCGGGCAGGUAACCACGAAGAGGCAUGCCGGGAUGCCCGGUCGAAGUAUCUUGUCUGGCUCCGCAGAGACAAUUGGAGCCAAGGUGUGGAGCGGCACGAUCCCAAGUGCAAUCCAUUUCCACGGGAGACCGGGGCCCAGCUCCCGGUCUUGAUCUCGAUCGCCCCUUCAACCAGCCUAGAGGUCCCACACAGUCUCUCUACACACUGUCUGUUCCGAAGUGGACCCCCGAGCGGCUGCAGCAGUGCUCCCCCUUGCCAGGUCUCCCGGGUCAAUCAGCUCCUAACAGAAAC